AUGGCAGCAACACAGGUAGCAAGGACAUCUUCCUGGAACCUCAGCAUAUCUCCCGUGGCCGAUCUUGAGAUCGAGUGUGAUGAGAUCGAGAACGAACUCCAAGCGCUGGCAAACAGGUCUAUGCUUCGUCGGCACUUUGACGAGGAGCAGGCAGCUUUUGUAGGGCAACUCACCGCACCGCCUGAGCAAAUAGCUACCAAUCGUGUUGUUCGGGUAGCACAUCGACUCCAGUGGCUUGUCUUCGCCUCGCAAGAACGGUCCUUAGAGUUGUCCCGUCGAAUAGCGAGUGCGCAAGCCAGUGUCAAAGCCCUUGUUCAAGACCAGUUUCUCAAGGAUGCCCACACCGAAACUCUCCUCGCAUAUCUACAACUCUUUGUUGUGGAAUUUGUCUCACCAGAGACUGGAGGGUUCUCGACCUCCAAUUUCUUUUACACAUCCACAGCGAAUAUUGUUGUCCUUGAAUUCAAAUUCCAUCCCACAAGAUGUAUCCCACGACAGGAGUUCAUCAGGAGAGCCAAUCACCUGGGGGUAGAUGUUGCGCUCGGAAUCUACACUCAUGGACUCCCACCCUUUAUGAAAUACUUGCAACGACUACCAACAAGAAACUUUGUUCCAUGUCGGAUCUACGAUGGAGUUUGCCGCACAGAGGCUGACCUGAGGAUUCUGGCAGCCAACUUUGACAGACUCCACGGGAGUGGAGAAGGAACACACACAGUUGUAUCAAUCAUCGACACUCCUUCUUCUGUGGCGUCAUGCGAAGACGUUCAAGUGAUGGACAUUGGUGGCCUUUUGUACAGUUUUUGCUUUGUGCAGGGUACCGGAGGAAUCACACGCGCACCGUGCGAGGAUUCUAUUCUCCAAUACUGGUAUCAGGAUAGUCACCUCAUCGACUUCCUCCAAUAUCUGUCGCACCAGAACGACCUCAUAUCUCAAGCCUGGCAGAGGCCAAUCUGCCCCUUGGAACUUCAAAUCACUCUGCUCAACCUUCAAGAUGGCUUCACAAAACGAUAUGUUGACCGAGCUGUCAACUGGCGUGCAAAAACCGGGCUCCUGGCUGGAAGAGUGCUCACGCAGCACAAUGAGCUGAAUCGACGUUCAUCACCAGGGCAGCACGAUCUACCAGGACUUGUCAGGGCUAUCCAAGAGUUCAUGAAUGCUGUUCUAGAAGAACUGACUUGA